AUUUACAGUUUUAUAUGCCAGUUAUGAGUGCAACCAACAAACAGCGCCGCAUUUCCGCAAUGGCGAAUCCCUCGCAUGGACAAAGUGUGCUGUAAAACGAGUGAAUUUGCAAUAUUUCAACUAGCCCAUAAUUCAAAUAGGAAAAGGGAAAAGUAAAGAAUAAAUAAAAAAAAAAGCUAACGGAUGUGUCAAGCUAUCCAGAAAAAUACCAAAAAACAAUUCGCUUGAGAAAAUUGAAAUCGCCGCAGUGAAAGUGCAAGGAAAAAAUUGCAUGGCAUCUUUUAGGCGCAGAGCAUAAAAGUUUCCGGCCGACAAUUGGAUCUUUGUGUUUAUUUUUUCGGUUUUGUUGUUGUUGUUGUUGUGUUUGGACCCCUCGGCGCACAGACAGCAGCUGUUUAAAUGUAUUUUAGUGCUUGCAACCAACAGCGGCCAGCCCCCUUGAGGGCCGGCAAUCCAUGGAGUAUUCAAACUCAAAGUGUUUGAAUCAUAACGAGCCACAACAACAACAACAGCAGCAGCAACACGAGCCACAAGCCAGGCUAAUCGUUCUCGGCAGCUAUUUUCGAGGCACUGACACGCCCACAACAAACGAAGCGACAGCGAGUGCAACUGCAACUGCAACUGCAACUGCAAUUUUGGGCAGUCAACGUUGCCCCAAUACGCCACCCACAACGCCCAGCAGCCCGUUGCGAGAUCCACCCCAAAGUCCAUCGGACGGACACACCUCUUCGCUGAGCUCGCAUUCCGGUUCCAGUGACAUCUUGUUGGAGCAACACGCGCAGCAGCAGCAGCAGCAGCAACAUUCGCAGCAGCAACAGUUGCAACAGCAGCAGCAGCAGCAGCACGCGCAGCAGCAGCAACAACAAUUCGGCAUCGUUGACUCCAGCAACGGCAGCAGCAGCAGCAACCACAACAACAACAACAACAACAACAGCAGCAGCAGCAGCAACAACAACAGCAGCAACAACGGCAACAACGGCGUCUCCUCGAAGUCGUUUGUGCCCUGCAAAGUUUGCGGCGACAAGGCAUCGGGCUAUCAUUAUGGUGUAACCUCCUGCGAGGGUUGCAAGGGUUUCUUUCGUCGCAGCAUUCAGAAACAAAUCGAAUAUCGCUGCCUGCGCGACGGCAAGUGCCUGGUCAUACGCCUAAAUCGGAAUCGCUGUCAAUAUUGCCGCUUCAAGAAAUGCCUCUCGGCUGGCAUGAGCCGUGACUCUGUGCGUUAUGGUCGCGUACCCAAGCGUUCACGUGAGCUGAACGGUGCGGCAGCAGCAGCAGCCGCUGCAACAGCAUCAGCAGCCAGCGCGCCCCUAAAUGUGGAUGAAACCAGUGCCAAUAAUUUGCAUACAAACCUAAUACAGCAACAACAACAGCAGCAACAGCAGCAGCAGCAGCAGCCGCAUGCGAGCAGCGUGCAGCGCGUAAAUACACCAAGUACACCACAAACGCCACAAAUGUGUUCGAUAGCCUCAUCGCCAUCGGAGCUGGGCGGUUGCAAUAGUGCCAACAACAACAACAACAGCAGCAACAGCAAUAACAAUAGCGGCAACAACAACAGCAAUGCAACAGCUGUAGUUGGGGGCAACCAUCACCAGCAAUUGGUCAGCAUGGGCAGCAGCGGCGACAUGGCCAUGACCCAGGUGGGCAUGUGUCAUCCGCACGACCAUCACGACAGCCUCGCCGGCACCGCCAACGAGCUGACCGUCUACGAUGUGAUCAUGUGCGUCUCGCAGGCGCAUCGCCUCAAUUGCUCCUACACCGAGGAGCUGACACGCGAACUGAUGCGACGUCCAGUGACGGUGCCACAAAACGGGAUUGUGACCACCGUGGCGGAGAGCCUGGAGUUUCAAAAGAUCUGGCUGUGGCAGCAGUUCUCGGCGCGCGUCACGCCCGGCGUGCAGCGGAUUGUGGAGUUCGCGAAACGCGUACCCGGCUUCUGUGAUUUCACCCAGGACGACCAACUGAUACUCAUCAAGCUGGGCUUCUUCGAGGUGUGGCUGACGCAUGUCGCCCGCCUGAUCAAUGAUACGACGCUGACGCUGGACGAUGGCGCAUAUCUGACCCGACAGCAGCUCGAGAUACUCUACGAUUCGGAUUUUGUGAACGCCCUGCUGAACUUUGCCAACACGCUGAACGCAUAUGGCUUGAGCGACACAGAGAUUGGUCUCUUCUCCGCGAUGGUGCUGCUGGCAUCGGAUCGGACCGGCCUCAGUGAGCCGAAGGUGAUUGCCCGUGCCCGGGAGCUGGUGGCGGAGGCGUUGCGUGUUCAGAUCCUGCGCUCGCGAGCGGGCUCGACGCAGGCGCUGCAGCUGAUGCCGGCGCUGGAGGCUAAAAUACCGGAGCUGCGCUCGCUGGGCGCCAAGCACUUCUCACAUCUCGACUGGCUGCGAAUGAACUGGACCAAGCUGCGCCUGCCGCCGCUCUUCGCCGAGAUCUUCGACAUACCCAAGGCGGACGAUGAGCUGUAGACCCGUCAAAUGUUCUACAAUCUGUAUGUUUAAGUAAUUAGCGUUAAACGAAGAGUUGGCAGCAUUAGAUACAUCAGCAACAGCAACAACAACUACCCGACAUUAAAGCAAAAGGCAACCAAUUUAUCAGAUACAAGAUACAAGAUACAGAUACAUAGUUAACUACAACUACAACUAAAACUAAAACUAAAGUAAUGCAUUAAAUAUUUAGCAAUGUUGAA